AUGCGUUGGUUCCGUCCAAAUGCGCUACUGCCCCUGCUCGUGUUGGUGAUAACAUCGUGCUCAGUCCUCUCAAAGAAGCCGUCUUGUCCGGGCAAUUCGAUAGGCAGUCGACCGGGAGGAGAAGCGAAGGAGAACGUCAACGAGUGCGCGUCGAACCCGGGCAUCUGCGGUGACGAGCUAGCGAUCUGCACGGACGCGCCACGGGGUUUCAACUGCGAGUGUCCGGAAGAAUACUUGCCCUCGCCAGGCACUGUGUCCCUGCUGCUGAAUGAGCUGGAUGACGACCUCAGCCAUCCGGCCAAGAACAGGAGGGAUGUGUUCUUCACUAGAGGCCGCCUAGUGGCCAAACUGGUGCAGCGCACCUCAACGCACAUGGAAACAAGCUUCUCAACCAAGACUACAGAGGGUGAUGUACUGAGCAUUGGCCCCAAUGCGUCGCUGUCUGCCUUCCCUCAGCUCAAACUGCCGUCAGCUGACGUUUACUUGGAUAUAGACCUGGAGGGAGUCGCCCUGAACAACAACGGCUCAGCAUCGGUGGCCCUGGUUUCCUACAGUGACAUGUUGGACCUGCUGUCUGCGGAUCUCUUCCGGCCCAACGUUACCACGGUGAAGAAGUCGCUCCUGUCCAGGGUGGUCUCGGCUACGUUGGAGGACGUGACCGACGCCAACCUCUCCUCCUCUGUCAACUUUACGCUCAGGCACAUAGUGUCGCGUAGCCAGGGCAACCUGUCCUGUGUGUACUGGGAGGAGGGUGAGGGAGAGUGGAGCGACGAGGGCUGCAGCGUGACCGAGUCCAACUCAACACACACCAUCUGCUCUUGUACUCAUCUCUCCACCUUCUCUCUCAUCCUGCAUGCCGAGGAGUUCGCUCCGGACCUGGUGCUGCUUCUGCUGAAUGUGGUGGCUGCCUCUCUUGGCCUGCUCUGCCUCCUGGCGGCGGUGGUGACCUUUGCCCUCUGCCGUAAGAACCCGGCCGUCUCCGACCCGGCCCGCCUGCACAUGGCACUCUGCCUGCUGCUGGCCCAGCUCCUCUUCCUGAACAUACAGAGCAUCAGCGCCGAGCAGGAGGUGACGUGCGGGGUGCUGUCCGUGCUCACCCACUUCCUCUACCUGAGCUGCUUCGUCUGGAUGACCGUCGAGACGGUAGUUUUACUCCACGCCACCAGGGGUCUCCAGCAGCUCAGCAGGAACGCGCCGCUGCAGCCGCCGGCCCCCUGGAAGUAUGUGUAUGCCAUGGCCUAUGGGGUGCCUCUAGUCGUGGUGGCCGUGUCUGUGGGGAUGAGACCAGACGCCUACGGGAGCGAGCAGUGCUGGCUGAGCAGAUCAGAUGGAUUCAUUUGGAGCUUCACUGGCUCUCUGCUCGUUAUGUUUGGCGUGAACGCUGUUCUCUUCAUGGUCAUCUUCAUCAUCCUCCGCCUGUCAGAGUACCCAGAUCCUAAUGUUUCAUAUGCCAGUGGCCUGACACUGAAGGCCGUGUUCCAGUUUGUGAUCCUGUCGUUGCCGUGGAUACUGGGCAUAGUGGCGCCUAGCUACGAGGGCCUGGAGAUUCUGGUCAUCCUCCUGCACUCCCAGCAGGGCUCAUGUCUCUUUAUCAUGCACUGUGUCUUUAACGCUGAGGUGCUGCCAUCUGGAGUCUGA